AUGGAGCAGCACUUUCUCGACUACGGGAAGUCGGCUUGGGACGCCGUUGACCGGGCGCCGCGGCCCAGGCCUCCGUCGUUGCUGAUCUCCGAAGACUCGGGACCGUGGCCGCUGCCCUUCUACCCGGUACUGGGAGAGUCCGCGGGCAACUACGACGCGUACGGCGGGCAACUGCUUUGCAGUCCUUGUUGGCGGCUGCCCUCGGUCUACGGCACGUACAGACUCUUGACCGCGGCCCAGAGCUCCUGGGAGGGAAGCCCAGCGCAGGCCAGUCUGGGUCCCUCGCCAGAGACGCCAGAGACGCCAGAGACGCCAGAGAGCCCAGCGGAACCCGCCCGAGAGUCUGAGCCCGCAGAAGAAACCCCUUCUCCGGGGCCUGCCCAGGAGCCGUGGCCCAGCGCCCGAGACGGACAGCAGAUGGCGGAGAAGUUUGAAGGCCCGCGCCCUGCAGAGCGCCGCCCACCGCGGGCUCCAGCCGCACGGUGCCCGCACCCCGAUUUCUCUGGCUGCCUGCGGUGGGUCCGUCGGGCCGUCUGCUCCCUGAGCCGCGCGGCUGCGGGCUGCUGCGGGGUCUUCCGGGACCUUAAAGGGCCCUGA